AAAUGAUCAAGGUUCAUCCUCUUGCAGCCGCUACUGCUGCUGAUGCUUCUUUUUCUUCUUCUAAUUAUGUCACUUCAAGGAGAGAAACAUUCACAAUAUGGAUGAAAUCCCUGGUGAUGCAAGGAAAUGGAUGCACUGUUUAUAAUGAAAAUGGUGAGAUUGUUUAUCGAAUUGAUAAUUAUGAUAAAAAAUGCAGCAAUGAAGUUUAUCUCAUGGAUCUUCAAGGCAAAGUUCUCUUCACUAUACAAAGAAAGAAUCAAUGGUUUUUCAGAAGAUGGGUGGGCGAUAGAUGCAAUGAUUUUGAUCUGAAUACUGAGAAGCUGCAUUUUCAAGUGAGAAAAAGCUUGAGAAAUAUUCUUAAAAGAGAUUUAUCCUGUCAAGUCAUCAUCAUCGGUUGUGAUAAUAUUGGCCAAGCAAGCUGCUAUAGAAUAAAAAGCUUGCCUGGUAAAUCAGCUUUUAAAAUAACAGAAGAAAAUGGAAAACUAGCAGCAGAGGCAAAGAGGAAACUGUCAUCUUCAGGAGUUCUGUUAGGAGAAGAUGUAUUAACCUUGGAAGUUGAAUCAAAUGUAGAUCAUUGUCUUAUCAUGGCUUUGAUCACUGUUUAUGGACUAAUUCAUCAUAGAUUGUGAAUAAGUUUUUGAAAAUUCUUAUUUCCAGAACCAUUAGGAGGGAGCUUUCAGCAGCACUCUUCUCUACGACUCAACCAAUUGUAAAAACCUUUUCUGCCUGCUUGAAUUGACUUCUAUUCCCAAGUCUUCAGUAAUAUACAGUGAAAAAGCCUUUCUGGGAUUUGUCUUCUGAAGACAAAACGACGGAAAAACAUAAAAUGAACUGUAGUUGUAUACAGAGAAAAAACCUCCAUACUGAUGUAUUAACCUUGGAAGUUGAAUCAAAUGUAGAUCAUUGUCUUAUCAUGGCUUUGAUCACUGUUUAUGGACUAAUUCAUCAUAGAUUGUGAAUAAGUUUUUGAAAAUUCUUAUUUCCAGAACCAUUAGGAGGGAGCUUUCAGCAGCACUCUUCUCUACGACUCUACCCAAUGUAAAAACCUUUCCUGCCUGCUUGAAUUGACUUCAAUUCCCAAGUCUUCAGUUAUAUACAGUGAAAAUGCCUUUCUGGGAUUUGUCUUCGGAAGACAAAACGACAGAAAAACAUAAAAUGAACUGUAGUUGUAUACAGAGAAAAAACCUCCAUACUGAUGUAUUAACCUUGGAAGUUGAAUCAAAUGUAGAUCAUUGUCUUAUCAUGGCUUUGAUCACUGUUUAUGGACUAAUUCAUCAUAGAUUGUGAAUAAGUUUUUGAAAAUUCUUAUUUCCAGAACCAUUAGGAGGGAGCUUUCAGCAGCACUCUUCUCUACGACUCAACCAAUUGUAAAAACCUUUUCUGCCUGCUUGAAUUGACUUCAAUUCCCAAGUCUUCAGUAAUAUACAGUGAAAAAGCCUUUCUGGGAUUUGUCUUCUGAAGACAAAACGACAGAAAAACAUAAAAUGAACUGUAGUUGUAUACAGAGAAAAAACCUCCAUACUGAUGUAUUAACCUUGGAAGUUGAAUCAAAUGUAGAUCAUUGUCUUAUCAUGGCUUUGAUCACUGUUUAUGGACUAAUUCAUCAUAGAUUGUGAAUAAGUUUUUGAAAAUUCUUAUUUCCAGAAACCAUUAGGAGGGAACUUUCAGCAGCACUCUUCUCUACGACUCUAACCCAAUGUAAAAACCUUUCCUGCCUGC